AUGAGCGGCGGCAGCGGGUCGGGCGGCGCGCUGCGGCCUCUACGCACGCGGCGACCGUUCACGCCGCGCGAGCCGCAGCGCACGCUGUUUGCCGAGCGCGCGCGUACGAAGGACCCGCGCCCGCCCAGCGCGUUUGAUCUCAAGUACCUCAGCUUGUCAGAGAACACAGAAGAGAUGACCACCGCUGUGCUGGGAGCCCGCAUUGCCAGCCUUGAUGAAGAGGGACUAAACGGGAUCCUACUUACUGAACCACAGAGCAAUGGCAAGAAAAAAACCACGCUGAGGAAUUUACAAGCAAAGACGAUGCAGUCUGGCGAUGGGUGGAGUGGUUUCACAAGACUUCCUCAUCUUAGUGGGCGGGCCAAACCACUGCACCGCAGGAACACCACAGGGCAUGUAAAUGAUGAAUUAAAAGCGGAGACAGAAUUAGCGCAUGCCAUUUCAGUAACACGUCCAUUAGGAGGAACUGAUGGAGACCUUAAUUUCGCUAUGGCUCUAGACAGUAACACUUAUAAAUCCCUAGGCCCUGAAAGUAAUGUGAAGAGGAAACAGUUUGCCGGCAACAAAUCGGUGUCUUAUGAUGCUAGCCAUAAAGCUGACCCAUUGGGCGACUUAGCCGUCAAGCAUUUAGCUGUGCAGUUGCCCAAUACAUCGGCGACGGAUCUCGAAAGCGCCAGCGUUCUUGAACUAGCAGAAGCACUGUCCGAACGCACUCAGCCAGUUGAAAGAACAGUCUUAAUAAUGGAAGCCUUGCAGAACGUCCUAGAGAAGUCACCUCCAGCCGGCAGUCUUAGAGAACUGGUUCUUAGGUCUUUGUACAUGCACAUUGAUGCUGAGGACGAACGAAUACUUGUAGCGAUUGCAAGAGCUAUGCUUACGAUGCGAGUGACAGGAGCCAAUUUAGCGGCAGCAAGCAAAUUGGUUUUCAAAAUAGCAAGAAAUGAUAAGAAUGAUCAUUUCUUUAGGAACACGAAUUUACUUGAAUUAUUAGUCGAGGGUUGUGGCAGAGCUGAUCCUCUGACAGAAGGCGAAUGCUGCGUGUACGGCGCGGGAGCACUGCGCUUUCUAGCGUUAGAGCCCGGGCUUUGUGCGCUGGCGCAUAAAGCUGGUGCCUUGCAUUUGGCUGCUUUGCACCUGAAGAUCGUCAAUAAUGCGAAAGCUGAAAAUCCGCGGGCAGUUUCCGAACAAUCAACACAUGCACUGUACCAGCUGACUGGUGCUCUACGCAACCUAGCUGGAGCUGAAAAGGAGGCACGGGCGUUCGUCGCUAGUGGCGCCCUCGCAGAGCUGAUCAACGCGCUGAUGUAUCAUACUGACAGAGAUGUGCUGACUAAUGUCGCCCGGUGUCUAAGCGUCCUCUCAGCCGAAGAGUCGUGCUGUGCGUGGCUGUGCGCUUCUCACGUCGCUGCACGAGCUUGCGUGCGCGCACUAGCGGCGUGUGCUCCCCGCGCACCAUUGGCCGUGAGACUUGCGUACACGUUAGGAAACAUGGCCGCUGCCGACCGCCAGGCGAGAAUCAAUAUCUACAAUGAAGAAGGCAGCGUGGACGUACUUCUGACGAUCUUGGAGCUUUACACGAAACGAAACGACGAUCUGCGAGACCCUGAUUCUGAUCCUGAUCUACAUCUAAUAGGCACUGAUUUGGGUGGAUCAGAUGGUUCCAACGAAGACGUUCUAAUAAAGACAGUGCGAGUGGUAGCCAACCUGUGCCUGUGCGAGCGGGCGGGUCGGGGCCUCGCGGCGGAACACGCUGAACGCACCGUCAAAGCCUUGCUGGCUUGCCUCGAACUAGCCGAGAAACCUAUGGAACAAGUGCCCCAAGAAGACGACGAAGAGCGCCCCAGCUGGAUAGAGCGGCGCGAGGAGCUGGCCACCGCAUCUCUGGCUACCCUCAACAAUAUUACCUUCUACAGAGAGCCACCUGACCCGCCUGAUCCUCUGGACACCUUGCUGGAUCAACUUUGCAAAGUGACAUGCAGACGGCUGGCGGGCUCAGGGCCUGCGGCGUGCGAGGCGGUGCGUGCCCUCGGGAAUCUAUCCCGGGACACGCGCUCAGCACAGCUCAUCGUGCUCGAGGGCGCGCUAGACUUGCUCGUGCCAUUCUUGGAGCAUGACGAAGCCAGCGUGCGUUGCGCUGCAGCAGGAGUUUUAGUCAACGUGUGCGGCGCCGGCAGCGAAUGCGCGGACGCCGGCGCGCUAGCUGCACGUGCAUUGGUAGCCGCAGCUGGCUGUGGAGACGCGGCGUGCGCAGCGCUACUUGCACGUGCGUUGUGGAACGCGCACACGCACGCGCCGCUUGCGCAAGCACAUGCGUAUCACGCGGCCGCCGCGCUCGCAGCCUUCAUUGACGAUGAAUCUGUGUUCGCAGCGUGUGAGGCGACUCAUUCGGGAGAGCGACGCUCGAGUGAUCCCGCUCUAUACAAGCACCAUGUACAAUUCGAUGUCCACAACAAUAACUGUGGCGACGAUAAACCCAAUCAAAAACUCUUCAUCCGAGCUUACAGCUUGAACAAUCCUUCGGAGGAUGAAGACGGCGACCGGACCGGUUGCUCGGGGGAGGACCAGGGCUUCGAAGACGGCGAGGGGGAGGAGGAAUGUGAUUGUGAUCCUUGCAGGAGGCUGUCAGCCUGGGAGGAGCUGGUCGGAGUGGCCAUACCGUUGCUAGAGAAACUCCGACCGCCGAGGGCUGACGCGUCUGUUGGCACUGACUAAGAUUUGGUAGCCCUUCAAGUACCAGCGAAUCGAGACAAUAUAAAUAAAUUGUUACCGCCGCGGUCUCAUGCGAACACCUAGGGUUUCACGAGAUAAAACCCCAAGUGGGCUGUUUAGAGCUGGGAUAUUUAUAAAACUUCGUUAGAAUGCCCAUACCGUUGCUAGAGAAACUGCGGACGCCUAGAGCUGACGCGUCUGUGGGCACGGACUAAGAUUUGGUAGCCCUUCGAGUACCAGCCAAUCGAUACACAAUAAAAAUGUCUCGGUGCGGUCUCAUGCGACCACCUAGGUCCCCAGGGGACCCCAAAUAGGCUGCUUUAGAACUGAGAUAUUUUGUAACCUCGUUGGAUGGCGUGGCCAUACCGCUGCUAGAGAAACUCCGGUCGUGUAGAGCUGAAUCGUCUGUGAAAUUAACAUUUGUUAAGUCCCUAAGUAGGCUGCUUAGAAUUGAGAUAUUUAUCUGUAACUUCAUUGGCGUGCCCAUUACCAUUGCUGGAGAAACUGCGGCUGCCUAAAGCUGAGCUGAAGCGACUGUGGGCACUGACUAAGAUUAGUUAUGACCCCAAGUAGGAUUAGAACUGAGACAUUUAUCUUGAGAAGUAUAAUACACAGACAGACGUAAGUCUGCAAAUGUAGAUUUUCAUGCCUAUGAAUAAAAUUUUAUUAAAUUUUUCGUACGGUUAAAAGUAGUCAUAGGAAUUCUUUGGCACUCUUUUAAAUAACUGUACUUAUUAGUACCUACUUUAAUUGCUUCAUUUAUAAUUAUGUAAUUAUGCAUUUAAUCAUCGAAUUCUUAUUAAAGAUUAUCAUGUACAUUAUCUGUGUGAGCUGUUUAUUAAUAGGCCUUACUAGUAUUAUGCAAUUUUAAUUGUAAAUAGGUAAUUUACAUAUUAUUUUUGUUGUUGAAUCAUAUGUAUUUAUGGUCAAAUACUUUCUUUGUUAAAAUUAUAUGAUC